CCCCCGCCGGCCACUCAGCGCUCACGCGUCCAUGUGUAGCCGCAUAGUUAUCUGUGUACCUCCCGCCGGGGCAUUUUGCUGCUUCAUGAGGACUGGACUCGGGCGCGCGUGUGAAUCACUGCCGGCCCACGAAGGAGGAAGGCGCAUUUAACCCCCUCCCACCGCUCCAUGCCCGUGUGUCACUCGGCUCCGUCCACCUGGCGCGGCCGGUCCUGGGGCCACUGCUGACGACGACCCGGCUGCUCCCUCCCGAGUGCCCUGCGCUCCGGCCACUCGGCUCCUGGGAUCGCUCCUCCGCGCACAACCUCGGCCAGGCCGCGACUUUGGCUCCCACAUCACUUAGUUUUUGGAAAGCACAUCACGAACUCAUCGAGAUCGUUAACGUUGAUUUCUGUGGCUUGAAGACCUCUGCACCUUUUUGUUUGUUGUGUGUUUUUUGUAUUUUUUCCGUGAACGUCUGGCUGUUUAUCAAGUGGCAAGAUGUCCAGUAAUGUCCCGGCGGAUAUGAUCAAUUUGCGCCUCAUCUUGGUAAGCGGAAAGACAAAAGAGUUCCUGUUUUCUCCGAAUGACUCUGCUUCUGACAUUGCCAAGCAUGUGUAUGACAAUUGGCCAAUGGACUGGGAAGAAGAGCUUAGCAGCCCAAAUAUUCUACGACUUAUUUAUCAAGGACGAUUUCUACAUGGAAAUGUCACAUUAGGAGCAUUAAAACUUCCUUUUGGCAAAACAACAGUGAUGCAUUUGGUGGCCAGAGAGACAUUGCCAGAGCCAAACUCUCAAGGUCAGAGGAAUCGUGAGAAGACUGGAGAGAGUAAUUGUUGUGUAAUCUUGUAAACACUGUCUGUUAAGUGUGAUGUGAUGUCAUCCUUGUCUUUCAUGCUGCUGGGACAGAAGAGACCCAACAUUGCUUCAGAAACCCUUAGGAAGUCUGCCUGUAAAGCCAUGGAAUUGAAUGAUCACAUGAACACUGUCAUCUUCUCUCAUGAAAGUAAAAAGAACCAAGAACAUUUUUCACUAUGAUUUUCUAUUCCUAGUAUUUUUGUUUAUGUUGAGCAGUUUUAAAAUACUGGUUUUUGAAUGCAGUCAAUCUCCAACGGAAAAGUUAACCAAGUUACUUUUCAUAGCAGAAGCCUUUCUGCUGCCACAAAAAUUUUAUCACCAGAACUAACAAAUCAACUGUUCCAAAUACAGUUUGCACUAAAAAAAGUUUGACAUUAUUUUUUUCAUCAGCAGAAUUUAUAGUGUAGUUUAUGGUACCUAGAAAUACUCAUGUAUACAAUUCCACACUGGAAAACACUCAGCAGUUAAUGUAGUUAAUUACUGGGCCAACUGGAGAGGGGAAAAAAUGGAAAAGAAACUAAAAUGUUGGGUGAAUUCUACCUAAGUCAGCUGUGGUGGCUGCACUGGCACGGACACUAAACUGGGUGUGACGAUCUUCACCGCAGCAAGUGAAGAAACAAAUGUGCCUGGUGUUUGAAGGACUCAGUAGAGAGCUGAUGAGCAAUUUGUUUUCCUGUAACACAUGCACUCUUCAGUCAUAAGUAACCGAAUGCUAGUUCACACAGCACAAAAGGGAUGAGUGUGCUUCCUAGCCUUAAUGUGGAGGGGUAAGUUCUAAUCACUCAUAGACUUUCAUGAUUGGGCAGAAGUAUUAGAAAACCUCAUUUACUGUUCAAUUUUAUGUAUUUGAAUAUCAGUAGAUGGAAUUUUUUCAUAAUUUUUCCUCAUCUAUAAUUGUGUCCAGUGUCAGACUUAUUCAUUAGAGAGUUCAGAUGAAUUCUUAAAAUUAAAAAAUUCUCCAUAAUAACUGACUUCUUUCUUUAUGUAGUUUGCAUUUGGUAUUAGUGCUUGCAAUUGUAUUAAAAUCAAUUAUUUUGUUUUAAAUCAAUAAUUUAAAAAUGAAUAUGCUAAAAACAAUUUGCACAGCACUAAAGCAUGAGCUAGUUUCAUCUAAACCUGUAAAAAUAUAAAAGAUUUUAUAUUUUUUCACUGGGGAGAAAUUUUCUUCCUAGAUGAAAUUACAAAUAUGUGUAGAUUAUAUUUAAUAAAAAACUUAUAAAAUACCUAACUAUAGAACUUAAAUAUAGAUUGGCGUGUAGUAUAUAGAACAAUAAUCCAUAUUAAUAACUUUAGCCUUUAUAAAAUGAAGUUGCAGGCUGACAUGUUCUGCAUUUAAAUAAGUGUCCGCGGUCCUUACAAACAUUAAGUGUAAAGGGUUUCAGAUUGUCAGCUUUGUUUAAAGAUAAUCAGAUUAUUUUAUUCAUUGUUAAUGCAUUGAUGAAAAGGCUUUAUAUGCAGUAGGUCUACGAAAAUAUUGUUCAUACUGAUAGAAUUAAAUUUGUAUAGAGCAGAGUUUUAAAAAUGAAUGUAAAUAGCACUAAACAUUUUUUUCCGCAACCUGUACUUAUAGAUUCUUUCUGUAAACUAAAUAAAAAAGUAUCGUGCAUUUCGGUGGUCAUUCUAAAAGGUCUUGAUUAGGUUAAUAAUUGUUUAAGUGCUGUCAUUCAUGUUACAUUUGUCUUCUACUUUUAUUUCUUAAUCUUUAAAAAUUUGUUUAAUUACUAUUCUAUUGUUAGUUUUGGGAGUUAUUUACGAUGUAUUUUUGAUAUUUAAUCUGGUUAAUUUGCGCACAGUCAAAACAAUGGUUAGAAUUAUGUAGUCUCUGUUAUCACUAAAAUGUUAUAUUCAAGAGAUGUUAAAUAUUUAUAUGCUUUGUUGACUAGCUCAAAUGUGAGUUCUAUUAGUGUUGACUAAAGAAGAAUCUGGUAAUUACUUAAUUGGGCAAUUUAGUCAUGUAUGGCUCUCUUCUUCUUUUGUAAAACAAACUACUGGUAAUUAUUUUUAAUACCUAUUUUAAUUCUAUUUACUUUUCUGUUUUUCCAUAGUUAAAAACUAUCAGCUAAUUGUGAUUGAAUUUUUACGACGGUUAAAAAUAUUCUCUACUGGUUUUUAAUAUAUUUUUCUGUGUGCUCCCAUGUUAUACAUUUCCCUCUCAUAAGACCUCAAUUUAAAGUUUGCAAAAUGGAUAAACUUGUUUAUUAUUAGAGAAAGAAUUAUGUCACUUAAUAUUUAAUAUCAUUGUUGUGCAAAUGAAAAAAAAUAAAAAAUAACAGUAAAAUUAUAUACUGAAAACACCAAAAAUAUAGAUGCCUUAAUAGUAUAUUCAUGAAAAUACUCAGUUAUCUCUUUAAAAUAGUUUCUUGGACUGCCUGAUGUCUGAAAUAUGAUUGGUCAUAGCCACGGCUACUACUGAAGGUCCCUCUGCCAAAACAACAGCUCACUUACCAAAAGGUGGAAGCUGCAUAGACCCAGUAAUGUAAAUAAAGCCUGAAUCAUGGGCCUGUGACUCUGCCCAGCACUUGGUAUCUAUCACACUUCUUUUACGUAAAUUAUCCUAGACUUUACGUGUUCUGGACAAGGCUAAGCUUUCCUUCACCAUUAAGCCUCAGCAUGUCUCCUUGAUCUGAACUAUUUGCUUUCUCUUCAAGAUAUGUUGUAUCUUAUCCUGUCAUGAAAAACAUAGUAUCUCACAUUGUCAUUCAUAUUAAAUGAGGUUUUCUCAUAACAAACAUUUAUCCUUAGUUUUAUGUCAUCUUGACCUUUGUUACAGUAAUUUCUGUUAGUUGAUUGUGGUAAACAAUGUUUAAUGUGAAAAGAAAUUAAAAAUUUCUUCAUCUGUUGUAGAAUA